CAUGUGUUUUAUGGCUGUGCCAUUACAGUUAAUCCCAACCACCUGGGACCGGAGCCGAAGCGCUUGCGGACGGCCUACACCCGGCAGCAGGUGCUCGAGCUGGAGAAAGAGUUCCACUUCAGCCGCUACCUGACGCGCCGCCGCCGCAUCGAGGUGGCGCACGCGCUGUGUUUGUCGGAGCGCCAGGUCAAAGUGUGGUUCCAGAACCGACGUAUGCGCUGGAAAAAGGACAACAAGCUUCCCAACACCAGGGGCAGGAGCAAAAACAAGAGGUCGGCGGACAUCAGCCACAGCGACAGCGGCAUCGCGAAGGCCGCCAUCACCGUGUGAAAAAAUGUGUGAUGUUCGUCAUCAUCUUCAUCCCCGAACACUUACUUCACCCACUACAUCCUGAAACUAUUCUUUACCGCCUCGAAAUACUCCAGCAGCUGCUGUCUUAUCUUAUACUUCCAUGAUA